GGCGGUGUUUAUCCUGGACUGUACGGACACCCCUCAGCCACAGCUCAGAGCCAACACUCACUCAUUUCCUUCGCUAUAACUCUGUUUCACAGCCCAGAGCCGCUUCGUAGUAUCGCUGAGAGAUAACCAUCAAAUCCGCAGGGUUUCAUAUUUAUUGCGACGGCUAAUUUUUACGCAUUACGCAUCGGUGGCGCCGGCUGCGCGCGCGGACGGACCGAAGGAAGGAAGACGAUCAACUUGUGAAGUCUUUUAGAGCUGUCUGCCGUCCUCAUCAGUUAUGUUUUCCAAGGCCACUGCCAACUUCGUUCGCCAGAUUGACCCUGAAGGAAGCCUCAUCCACGUGUCUCGUGUGAAUGACUCACACAGACUGGUUUCCAUGGCGCUUGUCGUCAAACGCAACAGGCUCUGGUCGUGGCAGCGGCCGAAGUUCCAUCCAACAGAUUUCAUCCUCAGUGACUUGUUGCUCGGGGACGAGGUUCUCUCUCCUGAAGUGUGUGAGACAGACUUUCUCAGCUAUGAGGCAACCUUUGGAGACAAACUGUCCGGUAAGCUGAACACUGAGGCCGGAUCUGUCGUCAACCUCACACUGGAGGGUCAGGGCACCUCCAAGCUCCGAUCCGUUUUUGGCAAGCUGAAGAAAGAGGAACUGGACGUGAAGAAGCUGUUACGUGACUCCCGCGACAGGCUGGUGAACAUGCAGCACAGGCUGGUGCAGCAGCUCAGGAAGCAGACGGAGGUGCUGGCCGUGGUGAAGGAGAGGAUCCUCACCACCAGCUCCUGCUCCAUCACGCAGACUAAGCAGGAGAACUGUGCCAUUCAAGGGAUGCUCGGCAUCAUGGGAAUGCUGGGAAACUCGGUUAAGGUAUGUGUGAGGGACAGAAACGACAUGGAGGCAGACAGUGAUGUUUCCCUGGAGAUCCCGUCAGACACAGUCAUCGCGUACAGCAUUUUGGAGCUGGAGAUCAAAAGAAAUGGACAGUAUGAUAUAUGCCUACAACCAGGAACAAUAGGAGGCUUUGAGGCAGAGUCGCCUUCCAAUGAGUCCUUGGAUGUGGUGGAUGGACCAAACAUGAACAUGGACCUGUCUUCACUGGCAGAGCUGCCUCAGUCGGCUCAAUGUGUCCUGUUCACGGGUCUCAGAGGGACGAUGAGGGACAGAUCUGCUCUGUCGUAUCUCCAGUGUGUGCUGCAGGAUUUGUGUAGCGGCGAGUCACUUGAUUUGGCAAAGCAGGAAGACCUGUCCGACAGUCAGAGACGAGCGGUGUCAGUCAUACUGGAUCAGCUCAACCCUGACAGCCACUCCAGCAGCUUAAUGGCUGCUCACCUGUUGGUCAGCGCCAUGGAAGAGUUGCCUGAUGAUGCGUUGUGCUUCCUGAGCGAGAGCUGCCCUGAUUUCCUGAAAGGCAUCAACACACUGAUGUGCAGGAUGAUAAAAAGCAGCGGGCCUCUGCCCAUCCAGUGCCUCCCCUCCCUGCUUCAGGACAACCAGGCCUUCCAGCUGGUCGAGCAGCUGCUGAACUUCACCAGUGUGACGCUGAGGAGAGACACAGACAGACUGUGGAUGGAAAAACCAAAUGAAGCAGCAUUUGUCCCUUUGCUCCUCAGCGUACGGGGAUUGUCUGUACUGUGUAAUGAUCUGUCGUAGAACAAGUGUCUGCAUGAGCAGACCUCUUUUGUGAAAUCUAUUUACUUUAUUUCCUUCUUUAUAUGAAGUUUAAUGUUUCUAAGCUCACUUUGGUUUAUUUUGUUACAUGAGAUUCAUGAGAUACACAAAACACAUAAAUUCAAAUUGUUAUUGCUAUUUUUAUAAGAACAACACUUUUGUAUGUAACAAGCUAAUAUUUUUGGAUGGAUCAAUGAUCAAUAGAUGUGAUCAGUGAUGCAGCUUUUGUGUUCUUUUUUGCCUGUUUCAUCAUUUAUUAAGUCAACAAACCGUUGUUUUUUUGUACGACUAAAAUAAUGUUUUUCUCAUUGUUUAAAUGUAUUAAGUUUUAUCUUAAAGAGAUAAUUAAUUUCUUAGAACUGUAGCUUGUUUAUCGUUGUGUUUAUUCAGUAACACUACUAUCUACAAAAGAUAAACAGUAGUUAACAUUAAGGCAUUUCUAAUUUCUUAGCUCAAAGUGUUUAAUGAGCUUGUUCUUUAUUGCUGCUGUCACCAGCCUACAGUAAAUGUAUUUUGCAAAAAGCUUUAUUUUACAUUAUCUUAAUGCUAAAUUUGAAAUUGUUACAUUUUUACUAGUGUUUUAAAGCUAAAUCAUGUGUAUCAGUACUUUGUUUACAUUCCAGUUCAUGUCUCGUUUUAGCUACUGUAUAUUUAGACAUUUUGAAAAUAGCAAGCCUUUUAUAUAAACUGUCUUUUCUUUAAUUGCACCUUGAUUCAUCUGUUAUGCUUUUCUUGAAAAUGAGAAUUGGGGUCAAAAUGAAUAAUCAUGACAUACAUGAGGAUGAAUGCAGAGCAUUACAUUGAGAAUGUGUGCUUUGUCUUUGAUUAAUGUCUUUAUAUAACGUCUUCAUUAUUUUUUAAUAAAAAAUAUCUUGUUUUCCCAUUUGUUUGACGGUGACGGUGUUUGUUGUAUCAG